GCAGCCAAGCGCCACACGCCGACGCGAACCAACCAGGCAACCAGAUGGUAGUAGGUUAGCUAAGCUCGGGAUCGGAGGAGAGGUGCCCCGCGACCCUGACGAUGACGAUGCCUCGCCGCGCCCUUCUCUUCGCCGCGGUGCUCCUCGCGGCCUCCGCCGCCGCGGUCUCCGGGUUCCACCUCGCCGGGGACGAGAGCGGCCUCGUGAGGGGCGUGCUCACAGCGGUCCGCGAGCGGGCCGAGGCCGAGGCCGAGGACGCCGCGCGCUUCGCCGUCGCCUACCACAACAGGAACCAGGGUGCUGCUUUGGAGUUCACUAGGGUGCUCAAAUCGAAGCGGCAGGUUGUGACCGGGACCCUGCAUGACCUGAUACUGGAGGCAGCUGAUGCUGGAAAAAAGAGUCUGUACAGAGCAAAAGUCUGGGUGAAGCCGUGGGAGGAUUUCAAGUCCGUUGUCGAGUUUCGCCUUGCUGGAGACUCUGAAUCUGAACCCGAGCCUUCUGUUGCUUCUGAUGAAGGCUCUGGGCAAGGAGUUGCCAAGCUCUCUCUUGAAGCAGACAUCAUACACGAAGAGGCUCACCUGCACACCAUUGAGAAUGAUGGACUUUCCAGCGAUUUCGCAUCAUCCGCUUAGACAUACUUGGUGUGACUAGGAUUCCAGGCAAGGAUGGAAAGCGUGAAAGUUUAAAAUGAAGGUUUAGGUAUUUAGAAUUCUAAUAGUAGGUUGCUGUCAAGCUGAAAUGCUUUGCCUCUAUCGGAAUAUGUAUGUUUUGUUUGGAACGUAGGAGCAUAGAACUGUAUAUUUCGGUAUUUCACACCGUUCAUUUCCAUGUCUGUAUAUAAGACUAUCUCCAGCCAUAUUCUCCCAUAUAUAUUUCACUACCUAUACUUUUUAUUAUAUUUUACAUUUUUACUACAUUCAUU